AGACGUUAGCUCAUAGCUAACAUGAGUGAGCCUGACUCAGUGAUUACAUAAUUGCUUUUUCUGAAACCUAGAUCUACAAAUAAAUAUUGAUUUAAACCUUUACGACACGAAUAUUUCAGACAGAUCUAGACUCUAUGACAUUCUACACGCAAGAAAAUAGACGAUCUUUGUAUGAAAGGAUUUGUAAUUCCGAUUCUAUUUUUAGAUGGCUUUAAAAAAUGAAUCCAGUAUGAUGAGUCAGGAGGAUAUAGCAGCCUUAUUUAGAGGGCACCAUGAGGUCGAAGAGUGUGAGACCCUGGAAAACGACCCCCAGACAAACUUCGAAAACUGCAAAAAGAAAGAUUUCCACCGUGAGUUAAUACCUGUAAAUGAAUUAAACGAAAGCAACUUCCCAGACCGUUACCGGAAUAAGAAAGUCCUUGAAGUUGUUAAAAAGCUUACGAAUUUGACUGUAAUGGUAGUGGUGAAAUUUACCAGCUCAGCUAGACCCGACUUCUCAGAAGAUAAAAUUCCAUACCCAAGUUAUAAAUAUAGAGGGACAUAUAUUUCAAGAAACGGCACUGGGAGAAUUCGCAUGGUCAAGAAAUGUCCAGAAGAUAGCGUCAAAACUUGCCCAUGUUCGAAAUGUAAAACAUCCGGCACGCCCAAAACAUCGUGGGGGGAAAUCACCGUCCAUACAGCGACCCACGUGGUGUUUGACGAAAGUGAGGCUGUCUACACCACUUGUGUAGUAGACUACGACUUUGAUAAACAAUCGAGCCUGGAGAUUCAAGUCGUGAAGCUGGAGGAAGGGGACAUCAACCGCGACUGCUGUCGACUGCUUUGCGUCACCCAUGACCUGGAUUUAGUCGAUCGUUUAACGCAGACGAGAAGUGACUUCAUCCAACUAUGCCAGGAAGUCAACGAAAUGUACAAGGAUUUCAGAGACGAGGACAAACUGGCUAUCAUAGUAUCGCACCCCCACGGCCUACCAAAGCGAGUCUCCAUAGGAAAAUGGACAUACAGAAUACGCGAGGGUAGCGAAUUCUCGAAAUACUCAUACACCAACGCCACCUGUCCUGGCAGCAGUGGCGCCACCGUCUACACGAUGGGAGACAAAGAUCUGAUUUCCUUGCACGUGCACAGCGGAACUAAAGACAUGGACGGGAGUUUCAACAACUACAGUGGCGUUGGUUUAGAUAAGUACACAUGGUAAAGUGAACGCGAAUCAUCCCGUUUUAUAAUUGUGGUUAUCGGUAAAGAUGUAAUGUUAUCAGCUACAAAUGUGUGUUGUCAAAUACCAGGUUAACCUGAAUGCUCAUUGAUACUGCUAACGGUAUAGUAAUAGCACGUACAAAAACGUGUGAAGUGAAUGCUAAAUGAAGAUUUGAACAGAACCCAAAGUUAUUGUAGUCUUUAUACUUUCUUCUUCGUUCUUAAUUUUAGUGUUAGAUGGUAUCCCCUCCAACAUAAUUAAAUAUACUUGUCAACUUGUUAUGCGCCAUUGAGGGUUUGUUUCAGCUUGCUUUUUUUUUUUUUGGAUUUGCUUCCAUAGCCUUUGUCCAACC